UUUUUUUUGAAGAGUGGUAGUUUGUUAAGUUUAAGUCAGUAAAAAAUGUGUUAAUGUACAUUGAACCUCUGUGCUGAAUAUUGUUUACGAUUUCAUAUGACUGUUUACUAAAGGAAAAGGGGGACUCCUAUUAUGAAGUUCCCGGAAGUGUGGGGUUGUUGUUUUUGAGCGUACACCGCGGUGGUGUAACAGGCAAUGUGAUCUAAUAAACGGAGGAUUGAUUCUAAAGUGUAUUUUUUGAGUAACAUUGGUAGCAGAGGAUGGUUAGCAACUAUAGAACACCCCCAACCUUUGAUGAAGGAAAGCCAUAUGAAAGUUGGAAGAAUGAAGUCGCAAUUUGGACUAGGGUUACGGAACUCGAAAAAAAAAAACAGGCGCUUGCUGUGGCUUUGGCGCUGUCUGGAAGAGCGAGAGAAACGGCGAUGGAAAUACCGGUAGACGAUUUGAAUAAGGACACUGGUAUGAACACUUUACUAGUGAAACUCGAUGAUUUGUUUCUCAAAGAAGAAAAGGACCAAGUUUACGAGGCGUACUCGAGCUUUGACCGGAUUAUGAAAGAUAGCAGUGUUUCCAUGACAGACUAUAUAAUUGAUUUUGAACAACGGUACUCGCGGAUGCGUAAAUAUAAUAUGGAGCUUCCCGACGCAGUAUUAGCAUUUAAACUGCUGGACACUGCGUGCUUAGAAGUGAAAGACCGACAGUUAGCUCUGACAGCAUGUACAGAUUUGAAUUUUGCGUCAAUGAAGUCAGCACUGAAGAGGAUUUUCGGAGGAAAGUCCGCUUCUACUGUGGGGAUUAAUCAGGAAACAGCAUAUGUAACGGAACAAAGGCGACAAAGGAGCAAGCCAUGGUCACAAAAUGUUCAGCAAAAAACACCACUGCCUGGCAGCAACCCUCUGGACAGAUAUGGACGCAGAUCAAAGUGCGCUGUUUGUCAAAGCACAUUCCACUGGGCCAAAGACUGUCCACACAGAGGUGAGCAAGUCAAACUUACUGAAGAUUGUAAAACAGAUGAUAUAGAGGAGUGCAACAUUACUCUGUAUACUAAAGAGUGUCCCACUGAAGCAGAAAUAUUUAUGACAGAGUGUUUCGGCUCAGCAAUAAUAGACACUGCAUGCACACGGACUGUGUGUGGACAGGAAUGGAUAAACAGUUACAUCGCUGAACUAAGCCAAAACGAGAUAAAAGACCUGAGAAAGACAGAAACACCCAGUCACAGACCCUUUAAGUUUGGUGAUGGAAAAGUGGUCUAUUCCAACAGAAAGUUGAAAAUUCCUGCAAAGAUUGGACAAACUAAGUGUCAUAUUGAAACUGAAGUUGUGCCAGCGAAGAUUCCACUACUCUUGAGCAAGGCAUCCAUGAAAAGAGCAGGGACAGUGCUGGAUAUGGAGAAUGACAGUGCGGUGAUGUUUAGUCAACCUGUAAAACUUGACUUUACAAGCUCUGGUCAUUACUGUGUAAACAUCAUGGACAAUGAAAAGAAAACCAUUCAAGGUGACGAAUGUGUCUUGGUGGCUGUUGAAGAUGUCACUCUAACAGAACAAAAGAAUGAGAAUGUACAAAGUCAGUGUGAAGAGGAAAUACUGACAAUCUCAGAAAAAAUUAGUUCAGCAGAAAAACACAAAAUCCUGAUGAAGCUUCACAGACAGUUUGGUCAUGCUUCUGCUGACAGACUGCAGAGACUUCUUACUAGCUCUGGGAAUAAAGAUGCAGAAUGUAGUGUCAUUCUGGAAAAAAUUGUCAGUGAAUGUGAAACAUGUCAAAGAUACAGUAAGACCAAACCAAAGCCUGCUGUUGGCCUACCACUGGCAUCACAGUACAAUGAAACUGUUUCAGUAGAUCUGCAUGAACUUCAACCAGGUGUGUGGUAUCUCCACAUUAUUGACCAGUUCACAAGGUUUAGUGCCGGCAGCAUACUAACCACAAAGAAAUCUUCUGAAAUAGUGAAACACUUUGUCCAUGUCUGGAUAAGUGUACAUGGUCCACCUCAGAAACUUUUUAGUGACAAUGGGGGAGAAUUUAACAAUGAUGAGGUUAGAGACAUGGCAGAAAACUUCAACAUAGAAAUAAAGACAACAGCAGCAUACAGCCCGUGGAGUAAUGGACUUACAGAGCGACACAACCAAACACUUACUGAGAUCAUGAUGAAAGUGAAGUCAAGUAAUGGCUGUGACUGGGACACUGCAUUGGACUGGGCUCUUAUGGCAAAGAACACUAUGCAAAAUGUCCAUGGCUACAGUCCUCAUCAGUUGGUGUUUGGACAGAAUCCCAACCUGCCAUCUGUAUUAACCGACAAGCCCCCAGCUUUAGAGGGCACCACGAAAAGUGAGUGGGUGGCAAAACACAUCUCCGCUUUACAUGCAUCAAGAAAGGCGUUCACUGAAGCAGAAUGCUCAGAAAGAAUACGGCGAGCACUACGUAAACAACUGCGUCACACAGAUGAGAAAUAUGAAAUGGGUGAUAAAGUGUACUACAAGAGAGUUGAUUGUCCAAAGUGGAAAGGACCAGGAGUUGUUAUUGGCCAGGAUGGUGCUGUGGUGUUUGUCAGACAUGGAGGAACCUGCAUUAGGGUACACUAUCUCAGGCUAAGAAAAGUAAACCCAGACAGUGGAGAUCAACAUGUCAGUAAGGAUGAUGCUGAAAUUGACACAAACAAUGAGCCAAGACAGGAGACGACAGAAGAUUCUGGCAACAACACGGAGCGAACAGACACCGUAACCGAAAUAGAGCAAAGUUCUGUGCAAACUCAGCACGCAGGGGUAUCCACUAUGGGGCAGAAUGUAGCAGCACAACCCACAAGUGAUGACAUUGGGACACAAAGUGAUACAGAGCAAGGAAAGGAGGUCCGUCUAAAAACAGGGCAAGUUCUAAAAUACAGAGACAGAGACAGUGGGGCUUUUCACAAAGCAAAAGUAAUAGGGCGUGCAGGCAAAGCUACUGGCAAAUACAAAGACUGGUAUAACCUUCUGCUCAUAGAACCCACUAAUGUUGCAGGCAGUAAAGAUUCAGUUGACAUAUCAUGUUUAGAGUGUCUUCAAAUAGAACCUGCUGUUACAGAUGUAAGUGUCACAAAUGUCAGUGAGGAUGUAUUGGUAACAAAAGAUCUGUCCUUUGACCUAGCCAAACAAGAAGAGAUGAAGAGUUGGAGAGAUAACAGUGUGUUUGAGGAAGUUCAGGAUGAGGGACAAAAGUGCAUCUCUACCAGAUGGGUAUGCACUCUCAAGGAAACACUAACUGGACUAGUACCGAAAGCACGAUUGGUGGCCAGAGGUUUUGAGGAGUUAAAUGUGUCAGAGCUACAAAAGGAUUCACCCACAUGUGCUUCAGAAUCUCUUCGACUGCUGGUGGCAGUUAUUUGUCAAAAACAGUGGACACUUCAUUCUAUGGAUAUAAAAUCUGCAUUUCUACAGGGAAUAGAGUUGUCACGUGACAUCUACAUCAGGCCUCCCCCUGAGGCCGUCAGUGAAGGAACAUUAUGGAAGCUAAAAAAGUGUGUAUAUGGCUUGGCAGAUGCUUCAUUGUACUGGUACAAUAGAGUCAAAGACAUAGUGCUGAAAGCAGGAGGAAAAAUGUCCAAGGUUGAUCCAGCUGUUUUUUAUUGGCUAGAUCAGGACUGCAUUGUCACUGGGGUGCUUGCCUGUCAUGUGGAUGACUUCUUAUGGGGAGGCACGGAAAGUUUCUCCUCAACCGUAAUACCACACCUUAGAUCUGUUUUCCAAGUUGGACGUGAGGAACAUGAUCACUUCUGUUAUGUGGGAAUAGAUUUUGUGACUAUUGACAGAAAAGUACAAAUACACCAGGAGAGCUACAUUCAACACAUGCAGCCCAUACAUCUGGAUCCUUCACGAGCUGUGGAACAAGACUCAUCUCUCUGCGAGGAGGAAAAAGAUCAGCUCAGAUCCAAAAUAGGCCAAAUUCUCUGGGUGGCAAGGCAGAGCAGGCCAGAUGUUAUAUUUGAUGCAAGCAAUUUGACAUCUAAUAUAAAAAAUGCUACUGUGCAGACAAUUCAUGAAGCAAACCGGAUAGUGUGCAAACUUAAGUCCAAGAAGGUAAUUCUAAACUUCCAACACUUGGGCAGAGACAGUGCUCUUAAGAUGGUUGUGUUCAGCGAUGCUUCGUUUGGAAAUCUUUCCGAUGGAGGCACUCAAGGAGGCCACUUGAUUCUUCUAAUGGGAGAAAAUGGAAAAUUCUCACCCCUUUCAUGGCAAUCAAAGAGAGUCAAGAGGAUUGUGCGGAGCACACUUGCUGGUGAAACUUUGGCAAUGUCUGAUGGAAUUGACAAUUGUAUUUUUCUGUCCACACUGUUCUCAGAACUAACUGCUGGUGAUGCUGAUCAUGCUCCACCAAUAAUCUGUGUCACAGACAAUCAUUCGCUUGCUGAUGCACUUAAGUCCACAAAGUCAGUCUCUGAGAAAAGACUCCGUCUGGAGAUAAGUAGCAUCAAAGAACUUGUACAAACACAGAGAGUAGAGCGAGUACUGUGGUACAACACAAAAGAACAACUUGCGGACUGUCUUACCAAGAAGGGGGCAUCAGCUUGCCAGUUACUCAAGGCACUGAGUGAAGGACAAUGUAAACUGAAUUAAAACAAAGUCUAUCUUUGAGUUGUACCCAAAAUCUGGUUAAAAUUUACCAGUUCGUAUUUUUGUUAGAGCAGGAUGUUGUUCAGUAUGUCCUGUUAGUAUGUUGACUUAAAAAAAAAUAAUAAUAAUUUUUUUUUUUUUUUUUUUUUGAAGAGUGGGAGUUUGUUAAGUUUAAGUCAGUAAAAAAUGUGUUAAUGUACAUUGAACCUCUGUGCUGAAUAUUGUUUACGAUUUCAUAUGACUGUUUACUAAAGGAAAAGGGGGACUCUUAUUAUGAAGUUCCCGGAAGUGUUGGGUUGUUGUUUUUGAGCGUACACCGUGGUGGUGUAACAGGCGAUGUGAUCUAAUAAACGGAGGAUUAAUUCUAAAGUGUAUUCUUUUGAGUAACA